GACAUAUCAGUAUUUCCGAGAGUCAAACGCCGACGUCUUGUGGUUUGUCGGAACAAUAUCGGAAAUGAGGUCUUCCGAGGACAUCCCGACAUAUCUGAGUGUCGGUAUGGAAGUCACUUUCUUGUAGUGCAAUGGAGAUCCAAGUUGUGAUGAUUUAUCUGCGGCCCGGCAAGAAAUGUACGACCGACAGGCGGAACGAAGUGCGGAAAGUGCGGACAGGAUGGGUCGGAUCAUUCUCGAUUGCCAAACUACUGGUGGAAGCAGUCGCGCACACAGCGGUUCUGAGACGAUUAUAGAACUAUCUGUUGGUCUCUUCUUUCUUAUUUGGGUCGUCAUUGGAAUCUGGAUUAUCUGUGUCAAAAGACAAAAGGCCAUGAACGCAGCCGCUAUCACACCCUACUCAGGAAACGUGGGAGCUAAAGAGAUGGGCCAUGGAAUGGAUGAAAAGACAAAGACUGUUGCCAUGAGUACUUCGACAGGGAAGCUUUCAAGUGGUCACACCAAUGUUUGAGGUGCUUAUUCUUAAACUUGUUUGGAUCUUGAUAAUUUUCUAAUGUUAUAAAAUUAUGUAGCUAAUUUGGCCUUGAAGGCUAAGCGUGCCCCAGCCAUUUUUUAUCAAAAGAAAAAAACUUUCUAAUGUUGUAUUCUACUUAUUUAUAAAUAACGCUAUGAUGAACAUUGAUGUGGC